GACGUGUGCCGCCGGUCGGGUCGGGCUGGGAGGACAUAAAAGGUGGACGGAGCCCUCAUUUCAUCCGAACCAGGCAGCGUCACACACCCAGAUCAACUUCUGCUGCUGACUCAGUGAGGAACAGAGACUCUCAACUCAAAGAUGCAGAGGUGCUUUGGGAUUUUUUGCGUGUCGCUCAUCUUUUGCGCAACUCUCUCUGAGUCCAUCGGCUUGGUCAUUGCGGCAAAGGAGAAGCGUGGCUGGACUCUGAACAGCGCUGGCUACCUGUUAGGUCCCCAUGGAAUAGAUGGACACAGGACACUCGGAGAUAAGCCGGGUCUGGCUGGCAAGAGGGACAUGGGCCAGGAGGAGGACUUCAGAACAGGUGCCCUGAGAAUAGCAGAUGGAGACAUCAUCCACACUGUCAUUGACUUCUUGUCAUACCUCAAACUCAAAGAGAUGGGAGCCUUGGACAGCCUUCCUUCCUCUGUGACAUCAGACGAACUGGCCAAUCCCUAAUGAUUCUGCCUCUCUGCAUGUUAUCUCCAUCUACCCAAGUCUAUGUUUCUGCUGUCUGGGCUCCCACUGCCCUAAAUGUCACCUUACUGUAGCUCUUCACACUCUGAUGCUGGAUUUGUCCUGGUACUAAAAGAGCUGAUUCUGUAACUCUUUAUGACAGAUUGAUUGUCCCCCAAAAGAAAUAUCAGAUCUUUCUUCUCCUGUGUAAAUCUAAUGUUAUAUCCACUGAAGGUCAGUGAGUGUCUACUGACUGUAGGUGGAUCUAGGUAACAGAGACGUCUAUUCAGAAUCAAACACUGUAUUUUCACCUUAAUAUACCAUCAUCUCAUUUAAUAAAAUGGAGUGAAAUAAACAAACAAAUGGCA